GUGAGUGCAGGACGAUAACCAUGAAAGGGAUAUUUUUGCGCAUGCUGUUGCCGCUACUCGUCACGACUUACAAAAACUUCUUGGAGCCAUUGAUUAACGAUUUUAUACCGUUGAGUAAACAAGUCGUCCAUGUAAGAAGCUUGCAAGAAAGGAUCGAUACAAACACGCAGUAUGCUGUUCUUGAUUUUAUCGGCUUAGUGGAGCAGCACGGUUACAUUGCAGAGGAGUACAAUGUUACGACCGACGACGGUUAUAUUUUACGUCUUCAUCGUAUCAGCGGCAGUCCUUCAAGACCGAAACAACCUGGUAAACCGGCUUUUUAUCUUCAACAUGGAAUCGGCCUCUCCAGCGACAGUUGGGUACUUAUCGGUCCGCAAAGAGAUCUUGCUUUCCUGCUGGUCGAUGCUGGGUUCGACGUCUGGAUAGGAAACGUUCGAGGGAACUGUUAUUCAAGAUCCCACGUUUCCAAGAGCCCAGAAAAUUCGGACUUUUGGGAGUUCAGCUACCACGAGAUGGCAAUCUACGACGUGAAGUCGUUCAUCGAUCGUGUUCUCGCUGAAACAGGAGUGGAAAAUCUGACGUAUUACGGCUACUCCAUGGGGACGACGUUGAGCUACGUGCUCCUCUCGACUUAUCCCGAGUACAAUGCCAAGAUCAAUCUGCUUUACAGUGCUGCUCCAGUUGUGUUCUGGAGACACGAGCUCAAGAGACUGAUGAAAAUCGUUGAUGCGCUUUUCGACCUGAUACAGACGAGCAUCGACUAUUUGAAAUUGAAUGAGCUGUUACCACAAACAGCUGUGGCUGCGUACUUGGGGGGUCGAUUUUGUGGGGAUAGUGACGUUUUAACUCAACCUAUUUGCGUUGCUUUAUUUUCAAAUAUUGGCUUAGAUCCUGAUCGAUUUAAUGAGACUGCUCUUCCAAAUAUUAUGGCACACUUUCCUGCAGGCAUGUCGAAAUUAACAGUCUAUCAUUACAACCAGAAUUUUAAAAGGAAAACAUUCGCAGCCUACGAUUACGGCCAAUCAAAAAACAUCGAAAAAUACGGUCGAAAAAGGCCACCAGUUUACAAUUUAACCAAGGUCAUGGUGCCAACGUUAAUAUUUUACGGAAAAAAUGACGAUAUCGUCAACGAAAAGGAUGUAAAACUUUUGGCGAAACGUUUACCAAACGUGUUUGCUGUAAAGGCUGUAAAGCAUCCUCGCUUCAACCACUUUGACUUCUUAUGGGCAAAGGACGCCAAAAAGUAUUUAUACGACUUAUUGUAAUAAUAAAACAAUUCACUCAUUUGACAGAGUUUCAGGUUCGAUGACAAUCGAAAGUAUUAAUAAAUCCACUGACUUUUCGCGUAAUAAAAAACGAUUGCUACAAGUUUUUCUCGAGAACAAAAAGAUAUUAGACUGUAGUUAAGCGAAAAUAUAUAUACACGAA